AUGGCACAAUACGAACGACUUGAGGCGGAUGCACCCGAGCUUGAGUUUAGAUCAUUCCUCGGAGACGAAAAUCAGCAGCGAGGACCGACCAGUCAGACUGCCCCAUCUCGAGGAUGGUCCGACCAGUCUCGCGGUGGCCCAGCCCCUAUAUGGUCGAUAGACUACUACCAAAAAUGGUUUGACGUUGACACCGUGACAGUUCUAGCGCGUAUAACCCACACUAUGAACCCCUUCUCUGCAGACCCAUCCCCAUUCACCGGUCCUCCCGCAUCACAGCCUCCCUUUGCGUUCCUGCCCUCGUCGACGGACUCGAAACCCGACCUUUACGGCCCGUUCUGGACGCUUACGACCGUUAUAUUCGCUCUCUAUGUCUUCUCAUCCUUCGCCGCGAGUAUUACCAGCUACCUGAGUGCCAAGCCGUUCGAGUACGACUUUGCGUUAUUGAGCAUUGGAGUUAGUUUGGUAUAUGCCUAUGGGUUUGGCACGCCAUUCGCGGUUUGGGGUGCGCUGCGAUAUCUCGGAACUGAGUGGUCGAUCGUAGAAGCAAUAGCAGUAUGGGGGUAUGCGAUGGCGGUUUGGAUACCCACUGCAGCAUUAUGCAUCAUCCCUAUUCCAAUAUUACGAUGGGUUCUAGUUGGCUUAGCGUUCGGGUCCUCAGGCUGGUACAUAACAAGGAACGUUUAUCCCGUACUAGCGUCGGCCGACCAGAAGCCUGCGCGCUUGAUUAUCGUAGCACUCGCAAUCCUUCAUGCCGCUAUUGCACUAACUUUUAAGGCGGAAAAGAUCCCAUCGCGGGGUCUGGCCCAACCACGAACACAACCCGAAUUUUCCUUUGAAGCCGAUCUGGCGGACGGUGCAACACAAACCUGGCUUGGGGUGCCAGUCAAACGGCAUGACUAG